UAUGGACGUCUUCUGAUCGACGCUGUUGACGAAGAAGUGGAGUUGCUCGUGGAGGAUACGAAAGACGUUGCUUUUAUCGUGCUGGUGAUGGAUGGCUGUACGUCGGUGAGCCACUGGAAGAUGAUGAACGACAUGCUGAACGGCCAAAACAUGAAGCCCGUCGUGUGGAGAAUUGUCGUGACCGAGGAGAAUUUGCAAACGGCAGAGUACAUUGCGGGUGUGACUGUGGAGGAGGUGAAAGAAGUGGAGCUUAGAUUCGGGAGAGUCAGCUGCGUCACAGGCGUCAUGUCGGACAAUGCCAGCACAAUGCAAGCUACAUGUGAUAUUUUGGAGAAGGAGCACGGGCUCAUAUGUGCCGGCUGUGGAGCUCACACAAUGAAUCUACUUGCUCAGGACAUUGCGAAGCUACCAGUCGUGAUGAACGUGAUGGAAAAGGUUCUGACCUUGGCGAGAUUCGUCACCGACCGCAAACGUCUUCGAGCCAAG